GUUGUAAUAAUUGGCGAAAAGAAGUAUCCUCGCGGUAAGAGUCGCCAAUGCGGUGAGUUACUCGGCAUCCUCGCGGACCUCGUCAUUAUACACCACAGAGAUGAUCACUUUCUCCUUCACUCUGCUCGUGGCUGCAGUAGGACUCGUGUCCGCCGCUCAGCGUGGCCCUCUGCCAGGGCAGAUAAAAAAUCUGGUCACCUUCGGCGACGACGAUGCUCUCCGUAUGCAGGUCUCGACAGGCGACAAUGCGACCGCGUGGCCUAUCUUUGCUGCCCAGGACGGUGGCUUCAAGCUUUUCCCAUUCGCCCGUUCUGGGGCGACAUGCUCCAACAAUAUUACUCUCCGGCCAUUCCCUUCUGUGUUCGAGAGUCAGCUUCCCCUGUACUUCACGGAGGUCAACAAUGGGUCUCUUCGCCUUAACUCAGAGGAGACCAUCUACACCUUGUGGAUCGGAACCAACGACGUCGGUGCCAACUCAUUGAUAGUCGGUCAAGGUACACCGGGGGCAACAGUUGUUAACACCACAACCUGCGCGGUCAACUGGGUGAAGACCUUGUAUGAGAGUGGCGCGAGGAACUUCCUAUUCCAAAAUAUGAUCCCGCUGCAGAAAACCAUACUCUACUCUGCUGACUCUUACCCGAACCGGUACUGGACGCUGGAGCGCAAUACGACUGAAUGGAGUGUCUUCAUGACAGAAUUGACGAAUGCCGGCAAUGCAAUUUCGCGGGCUCUUCUUGAGCUACUCGCACCAACACUCCCAGGUGCUCACGUCGGCUAUUUCGACUCCUACCAGUUCUUCGAGGACAUGCUCAGCAACCCGGGCAAAUUCUUGAAUGGAACAGUACCUCCGAACACGACUGGAGCCAUCAACCAUUGUGUCUUCGCACUGAACGCGAGUACUUCUGACCCAGGUAACUGUACAGUGGCGACAGGAUCGGCCAGGGACAGCUUCUUCUGGUACGACGAGCUCCAUCCGUCCGAGCAGACGGACAGGAAUGUUGGGAAAGCCAUCGCUGCCGCUGCAAAGAGGACGUCUGAGCAGUACACAACUUGGUUCAGCUAAUGUUAAAGGAGCCUGACGGGUUGCGUACGGUGUAUGUUAUGGUAGAAUGUGCCUUAUCUCGUGCUAUACAUAUCGCAGGUAUGCCAUCCAUCAAGGACAAAUGGACCAGACAUAUAUGGUUGCAUACUACUUGCCGACCAUUGACAGAAAUAGUAGCUUGCAAUCUGAUCCAAUGCCUAGAUGGCUCCGGAUCAUACCGGUUUCUUCCUUGAAGAGCGAGUUAACCUCUUUUCGCCUUCCCAGGAUUUCCUGCAACAAUUUCAACAUGUUCCCUGAGCUAUGGGUAGUCUAUUCGCGCGAUAUUAAGGCUACCCGGAACAGAGAAUAUG